CUGCACUUCAUAAUCCGAGCUGCAUUCUUCACGUUUUACUGGGCAUUUUCAGCGCAGUCGAAGUUUCGCUUCUGGAUCGGCUUCGGACUCGGUAUGGACGGGAUGCUGCUCAUCUUCAAUAUUCUGAUCAUUGUCUUCCGAUGCAAACCAGUCACUGCGAAUUUCCGGCCGAUUGAGCGCAUGACAGCGCAAUGCAUGGAUUCAGGAUUUGCCUUCUUUGGUUUGGCAGCAUUGAACUCUUUGCUGAACCUCUACGUUCUAGUCCUACCCAUACCCAUUUUUUACUCUGUCCAGGUACCAUUACGCCGCAAAUUGCACAUAUGUUGCAUGUUUACCAUUGGUGGCGUUGCUGUUGCGCUCAGCUUUAUCCGCAUGCACUCUACGAAGACCCUCAACUCCGGCACGGAUACGUCCAAAGCUGUUGGCGAAAUCAUGAUCAUAGGCGCUCUCGGUAUGAGUCUGGCAGCGUUCGCCCACAACCUCCCCUCAUUGCGAGUAUUUUGGAAGCAUAUUUCGAAAUCUCGAUCAAAAGCCAGAGACGCUUCGCAGUUACCCUUCGCUACCAGACCACGGGGCAAGCUACCGUCGACCGCGUUAUUAGGGACCGAUAGUAUUGUGUACGAAGUCGACGGUCUCUCAAGACCAAUGCAGCAUACAGCGUCCGCUACAAGUCUGGUAGAUCGGCCUCUUCCAGCGCUUCCGGCAGUGACGCGACACGCACGAUACCCCACUGUCAACAGUGACUUCGGGUCGCGACCACGUACACCACCAAGAGUAGCCUGGCCUGCUUAA